AUGCGAACUGCCGUGCAUAUCUUAUUCGUGUUCUUCUUGGUAAAUUUUUCCGACUGUGCCGUGAUAACGGGGGCCUGUGAGUGGGACGUCCAGUGUGGAGUGGGCACCUGCUGUGCCAUCAGUCUGUGGCUGCGUGGGCUGCGGAUGUGCACCCCGCUGGGGUGGGAAGGCGAGGAGUGCCACCCCGGCAGCCACAAGGUCCCCUUCUUGAGAAAACGCCAGCACCACACCUGCCCCUGCUCGCCCAACCUGCUGUGCUCCAGGUUUCCCGACGGCAGGUACCGCUGCUCCGUGGACUUGAAGAGCAUCGAAUUCUAG